AUGGUCGCCCUUUCUACUGUGCAAGCAUCCAAUGCUCUCAUCAAGACCGCCCUCCCUGCUGGUCUAGUUGCCAUUUUUGUAGGCGCAACCAGUGGGAUCGGUGAGGUCAGUGUUAAGACCUUUGCGAAGUAUGCCAACAAGCCUCGUGUCUAUAUUGUCGGCCGGUCACAAGACGCCGCAGACCGCAUCCUAGCCGAGUGCUAUAGGCUUAACCCACGUGGUGAAUUUCACUUCAUCAGAUCCGAUGUGGGCCUCAUUCGGAACGUGGACAAGCUGUGUGCAGAGAUCAAUGGAAAGGAGAAGUCAUUGAAUUUGCUGUUCCUCAGCGCUGGGCAGCCGAGUCUGGACAGAGCUCAAACCCCGGAGAAGCUACAUCUUAUCGCCGCUUUAAACUACUACUCUCGUAUCCGCAUCAUCACCAACUUGCUCCCUCUCCUGCAACGUGCUUCAUCACUUCGCCGUAUUGUCACGGUUGGUGGCGGCACCAAGGAAGGAGAGCUCGACUUGAGCGAUUUGCAAGCGAACAAGGUCCCCCUGCCCGAAAUACGUGGGCAUCUCACCUCGCUGGUCACCCUCGGCUUGGAAGCGGUGGCGAGAACUGUUCCCGAUAUCAGCAUCGUUCACGAUUACCCCGGUACCGUCAAAACACCCUUUCUCGAUCACAUGCCCGAAGACAUGCUGAAGAACGUGGAAUUCGUGCCACUUGACGAAUGCGGAGAGCGGCAUGUGUACCUUGCCACAAGUGCAGAGUAUCCGCCUCGCGAUGGCACGGAAGCCGGGGUCCCUCUGCAAACCGGAGCGCAGGUGUCAAUGGGUUCCAAUGGAGAAGUGGGGAGCGGUUUGUACUCAAUCGACCAGGAUGGAGAAAGCGCAAGUCUGGAAACGCUGAAGCUUCUGGCCGACAUGAGGAACGAAGGAAUAGUUGACAGAGUCUGGGAGCAUACCGAUGGCGAGUUCAAGCGGAUACUUGGCGCAGAUGCGCAACCAUGA